GAUCGGCGGCGAGUUCCAGUCGCAGCGAAAGCAGACCAAACGAAUCGAGACGAAAAUCAGAAUUGAAAGCGGGUUGCAAAAAUUCAUUCCAAAUCCAAUGCAAAGCUAAGCAAAUCCAAAGCUAAUUUGGUCUCUUCCGCAACUGUAGAAUCUUCAGACUUUUCUGCUGAGCUGAGCCCAUAAAUAAGCGAAAGAGACGAUCCCACAACCGAUCUUGUGGAUCUUUUAUAAUGAUCUGCAUAUUUUGGCAACAUAAUUAACGGUGAAAGAAUGUGAAAAGUAGCGAAACGUAACGCGAAAGCCAGAAACACUCCAACACGAAAAGAAAUAAAAAUAAUAAAAGUCCACACUAACACGCGUCUGUGACUACUACUCGUAUAAAGAAAGGCCAGAGAGAAAGAGGAGAAAUAAUCGUAGCGAAGAAGGUUUCUACGCGCCUCGCGUGGCUGCCUGUCUUUCAGUUCGCCAUCUCCGGUCCGUCCAAACAGUGCGGUGCAGACAAUCCUCUGCCUCUAACCAGAAUUUGUAAAGUAAACCCUCUAAUAAUGUAAAGUGAACCCAAACACGAUUGUGAAACAAGAGACAAGUGAAUCUGUCCAUACUGUCAAUACGGAUAUCCACGGUUCCACAAGUUACAACUAUUUUGAGGCCCCAUGAUUCGGAUUAUGGAUGAACAGCUCAGUGGGCGAUUACUUCGGAUGCUCUGGACGCUCUACGUUCUCCUCGGCAUCUGGCAAUCCACAGCGGCACUAACUGUCGAUAAUCAGUUGGUUUCCGCACGCAAUGACUGUUUCGAGCGGAUCGCACUGGAGGCUAUGCUGCCAUUUGAGAAGACCUUCCGCACCGAAGACACCAACUCGCUGAAGAUGUGCAAGGAGAAGUGCCUGCAGGCGGGCGAGAGGUGCCAGGCCAUCUCAUUCGGUGUGCAUCGACGCGGAAACGGCACAUGUCAGUUGUCGUCGGAGCAGUACGGCUCGGGCAGCGGUGGGCGGCCGGGAGGCGUGAUUUUCGAUCCCGACUUUGAUUUAUAUACUCGCAAGACGAACUGCUUCGACUUGAGCGACAAUUCGAUUGCCCCCGGACCGGGUCCCAGCCCUAUCAGCCAUGGACCGACCCCAGCGAAUUUGCCCAAUCGUCCGCUGGACGUGGGUAACACUCCAGUGCUGGUCGUGAACCCCACUCCGCACACGGAUGAGCCGCCGCUGCGGCUGCCCACGAUCUCUACGCCGUCGGUGGGUCCGGGACCCUCACCCUCAAUGCCGCCGCCCCCUGGUCUCGGCGAUCGUUUGUACUUCUCGCACGACUUGUAUCCCCUGUACAAAUACCCCGCCCUCUACGAGAACAACUAUCCGGCUCCCAACGAGGACGUCUACAUCCCGGGCGGCUACGCGGCCAACGCCCCCGAGGUGGAAGACCACUAUCAUCGACCCCACUAUGGCCCACCAUCCCUGGACGAGGAGGCAGUGCGUCCGACACCCCACGGUCCCCCGCGUCCCAUAUUCGGGCUGGGAUACGGAAACGGCUACAGCUAUGGCAGCCCGGAGCGGUACACACCGCCCACCAUGCGACCUCCCAUCCCGAGCGCAUCCUCGGAUGAGCGCCCCCACUAUGGAGCUAGGCCGCCGCUUCCUGACUAUCCGUCUCCUCCACCAAGGCCGGACUACACCAAUCGACCCGAUCCGCCGUUGCAGUCCCCACACGACGGCGACGAUUACGUGCGACGCAAUGGAAGCGCAAUGCGGCCAGGAGACGGGUAUGGAGGAUACAGUGUGGACGAUGACAAGACCAUUGCCACCUACUUCAAUCCUGAUGACUACAUUCAGGGGAACGGGAACCACAAGCGGCCUAUGGGCGACAGAGAUAGAGACCGGGAUCGCGAUCACGAUCGCCUUGGUUAUCCCAUGGAAGAGCUAAAGGCCUGCUUCCGUCGAGUCUUGGCUGGGAAGCGGAUCGCGCCCCACUGGGUGCGUCGCUCCAUCUCCUGCGAGCGGGUAGAGGAAUGCAUGCGGGAGUGCGGCCAUGAGAGGAGAUUUAUGUGCGAGGGCUUCAACUACAGGCUGGACCCCUCCGGGCAUGGCCAGGGCGACUGCGAGCUUAUCGAGAUGCCCUUGUCGCAGAUGGAUCUCUACUCCAGCGCCAAUCGGCGGGAUUCGAAUCUGCUGCGGCAUCCGGACUACGAUUACUACGAAAGGGAUCGCAAUGCGCCGUCCAGUUGUCGGCGCAAUGCCUGCCAGGACUGCUCAAAAGGUCCCUUGAGCAGCAAACCAAUUUAUUUGAAGCCCAGCACUGGACCAGGACCCAGCAGUAGUGGCAGCGAAUAUGGAGAUCGCGAUCGCGACAGGGAUAGGGAUCACUUUCGGCCUCCAUCACCAAGUAGCACAGCUGUUGACCAUUAUCGAGGGCCGUCUCAGUCACAGGACCGUCCGCCGGGCAGCUCCUAUGAACAUCGACCAUUCUCCUCCGAGUACCAUGGUUCGCACUCCGCUUCUUCGUCGUCGUCAUCGUCAUCGUCCUCCUCCUCCUCCUAUGAGUUCUCCUCCCAUGGGCCAGGCUCCGGCUCCGGCUCUGGCUACUUUGGCCACACACCACCCAGCAGCUACGGAAGCGAUCACUCCUAUGUAGAUCGUCAUGAUCCCCCUCGCUAUAGUCCAGCGCGACCAGAUCGCUGGGAAACGUUACCGAGCAGUUCUGGAUAUGAUGGUUCUGCGUACAGGCCUCCAAGACCCGAAACAGAUCGAAUCGACAAAUACCGACCGCCCUAUCGGCCGGGCCCGGACUUCUCUCCAUAUCGACCGCACGAACCAAGCCGUCCUGUCCAUAAUUAUCUCGAUCGCGAUGGAUCCGGUGCAGGUCAUGGACCAGGUCCUGGUCCUGGCCCCUACAAGAAGCCCAAUAAGUUUAUUCCGUAUCUGAUCGGGGGCGAGGAGAACUGGGGGAACUAUGGCGGGAGCUACGGGGGCAGCAACAACAAGCACACCUCCUACUGGGGUCUGAGUGAGUCGCAACGGCGCAAGGACCAUGACUUCAACUACUUCCAGCUGGGUGCCGGUGCACCGCAUCGCGAGACCAACUCCGUGCUGGGUUAUCCGGGCUCCAGCUACGAGGAGGAAUAUCCAAAGCGGCGCAACGAUUACAGACAACAGUGGACGCGACGCCCCGGACCGGAUGAAUGUUCGGCAAAGACCAGCGAGGGCUUCCGACUGCACAAAACGGCCAUAAGGCACGCCUACAAUGUGCCCACACUGACAGAGUGCGAGCGGCUGUGCUCGGACCAGCGGCCGAGCUUCAGCUGCCACACGUUCAGCUACCGGUACAACCAGGCGGGCAGGGACAAUUGCAUGCUCUGCGACAGGCCAGUCAAUAUGCUGGACUACUACGUGGACAUUGAGCCGGAUCGGGACUAUGACAUAUACUCCAUGUCGGACGAUAUGGAUGUGUGCAGACAGCCGCCCCGUCGCCACGACAUCGCCGCUCCCAACACCAAAACGGCCCUCUCUGAUCCUCGAAACGCGCAGUGUUUCUUCCGGGCCAUCGACGCCACGCGCUUCUUCAAGUCCAUUGUUCGCGACUCCCUCACCGUGAGAUCCGUGGGGGAGUGCGAAAUGGAAUGCAUUCGUUCCACCAAAUUCACCUGUCGCGCCUUUGCGUACCGAUAUGGCCAGCAGCGACAUGCAGGCAUCAUUGACAAUUGCCAACUGAGUGACUGGCCCGUGCGGGACAUGGACAAGGACCGCCACCUCAUCCUGGACGCGGCCUUCGACAUCUUCGAGCGCGCCAGCUAUGGGCAUGGAUGCGAGAUCCAGCCCAUCGUGGACGAGAAGCACAAGAAGUUGUGUUAUCUGGGCUAUGGCUCCCCCGCCAGACUCCUCCCACCGGCCAUCAAGAAGGUGAUAUCAGUGCCCUCGGAGAUGGCCUGCAAGAAGGAGUGCAUACGAUUCAGAGAGACUUCUCCAUUCAAAUGCUUUUCCUUCAGUUACGGCUCCCACGAUAGCUCCCACAACUGCGAACUCUCUGACCUCGAUCAGACGGAGCUCAAGCUCGAUGUCCACUAUACGCACACCAAGGAGCGGGACUUCUGGCUCUUUGCUUGGAACCCCUUCGACUGGACCUGCCGUGACAAGGUGAACACGAUUGGGGGAUCGCGAGUGAACAACGAUCGACGCAUGGAUAUCUUCCGGGAACCUGGCGACGUGGCCUGGCGCCAUUACACUGUCUCUGGCAAACCCUGCCGCCGCAGCAGUCCCUGCGAGAAGAAUCUGAUCACAGGAUUUUACUCAUGCGAGACGGACGGCUCGGAGGUUGGCUCCUGGGACUACUGCUGCAAGGCGGACCAUCCGUGUGGCUACAGCAAGGGCUUCGAUUACCCCUGGUGCUUUGUGGGCGACGAGUCUGAUCAGUGGCGAAAGUGCAGCGAUCGCUAUUAUCCCGGCAAGAACGGUACACAGCCGACGCACUCCCACCUGGGUCUGGCCCGUCCCAAGGAGCAGCAGAAGCAGAAGCAUCAGCCACAUUCACACCCUCACCCGCAGCCAGCGACUGCGGCAAGCAGCGAAUACAGCCAGCAUCCGCCUCGUCCUGGCGGGUUGCAGAGUCUUAGCGAUUUUGCCGCCGCCCGCCUCUGGCCCGUCACAUAUCUUUACAGCGAGGGCCCGCCAAAUGCCACGGAGUUUAGUAACUUUGUCGACUGCAAUAAGGAGUCGUGCUAGGUGUAGAAAUUCUUGAAGCAGGUCGUACUCGUAUUCCAUUCUCCCAUUCGAUGUACCAGACUCAGACUUAAGUGAUACGUGUACCCAACCAAAGGUACUCGAGACGCGCGUUGGAGAACGAGACAAAGGAAACUUCUCACGGAGUGUCAUUGUGAUCAUCAAUGAGAUUGGAUACCAUUGUCGUCAUAUUCAAGCAAAUCCAAUUAACUUAUUAAUUUAAUUUCCCCUGAAUCUAACUCUAAUGACAGCUUGCGUGCAGGCGACGUUUCUUUGUACUUAUACAUACUAUGAACAUAAGUUGAGCAUGAACGCGUAUUAAUAAAAAUUAGCUUUA